GUUGGUGUUAAGAGUCAGGGAUCUUGGCUGUGUGUCUGCGGAUCUGUAGUGGCGGCGGCGGCGGCGGCGGCGGCGGGGAAGGAGCAGGAGCGGGCGCGGGCGCAGGAGGAGGAGGUGGUGGUGGUGGAGGCAGUGGUUAGACAUGAACGCCGCCUCGGCGCCGGCGGUGCACGGAGAGCCCCUUCUCGCGCGCGGGCGGUUUGUGUGAUUUUGCUAAAAUGCAUCACCAACAGCGAAUGGCUGCCUUAGGGACGGACAAAGAGCUGAGUGAUUUACUGGAUUUCAGUGCGAUGUUUUCACCUCCUGUGAGCAGUGGGAAAAAUGGACCAACUUCUUUGGCGAGUGGACAUUUUACUGGCUCAAAUGUAGAAGACAGAAGUAGCUCAGGGUCCUGGGGGAAUGGAGGACAUCCAAGCCCGUCCAGGAACUAUGGAGAUGGGACUCCCUAUGACCACAUGACCAGCAGGGACCUUGGGUCACAUGACAAUCUCUCUCCACCUUUUGUCAAUUCCAGAAUACAAAGUAAAACAGAAAGGGGCUCAUACUCAUCUUAUGGGAGAGAAUCAACCUUACAGGGUUGCCAUCAGCAGAGUCUCCUUGGAGGUGACAUGGAUAUGGGCACCCCAGGAACCCUGUCGCCCACCAAACCUGGCUCUCAGUAUUAUCAGUAUUCUAGCAAUAACCCCCGAAGGAGGCCUCUUCACAGUAGUGCCAUGGAGGUGCAGACAAAGAAAGUUCGAAAAGUUCCUCCAGGUUUGCCAUCUUCAGUUUAUGCUCCAUCAGCAAGCACUGCCGACUACAAUAGGGACUCGCCAGGCUACCCUUCCUCGAAACCAGCAGCCAGCACUUUCCCUAGCUCCUUCUUCAUGCAGGAUGGCCAUCACAGCAGUGACCCUUGGAGCUCCUCCAGUGGGAUGAAUCAGCCUGGCUACGGAGGAAUGUUGGGCAGUUCUUCUCAUAUUCCACAGUCUAGCAGCUACUGUAGCCUGCAUCCGCACGAACGCUUGAGCUAUCCAUCACACUCCUCAGCAGACAUCAAUUCCAGUCUUCCUCCGAUGUCCACUUUCCACCGCAGUGGCACAAACCAUUACAGCUCCUCUUCCUGCACGCCUCCCGCCAACGGGACCGACAGUAUAAUGGCAAAUAGAGGAAGUGGGGCAGCAGGCAGCUCCCAGACUGGAGAUGCUCUGGGGAAAGCACUUGCUUCGAUCUAUUCUCCAGAUCACACUAACAACAGCUUUUCAUCAAACCCUUCAACUCCUGUUGGCUCUCCUCCUUCUCUCUCAGCAGGCACAGCUGUUUGGUCUAGAAAUGGAGGACAGGCCUCAUCAUCUCCUAAUUAUGAAGGACCCUUACACUCUUUGCAAAGCCGAAUUGAAGAUCGCUUAGAAAGACUGGAUGAUGCUAUUCACGUUCUCCGGAACCACGCAGUGGGCCCGUCCACAGCUAUGCCUGGUGGUCACGGGGACAUGCAUGGAAUCAUUGGACCUUCUCAUAAUGGAGCAAUGGGUGGUCUGGGCUCAGGGUAUGGAACCGGUCUUCUUUCAGCCAACAGACAUUCACUCAUGGUUGGGGCCCAUCGUGAAGACGGUGUGGCCCUGAGAGGCAGCCAUUCUCUUGUGCCAAACCAGGUUCCAGUUCCGCAGCUUCCUGUCCAGUCUGCAACGUCCCCUGAUUUGAACCCACCCCAGGACCCUUACAGAGGCAUGCCGCCAGGCUUGCAGGGCCAGAGCGUCUCCUCCGGCAGCUCUGAGAUCAAAUCCGACGACGAGGGCGAUGAGAACCUUCAGGACACGAAGUCUUCCGAGGACAAGAAGUUAGAUGACGACAAGAAGGAUAUCAAAUCGAUUACUAGGUCAAGAUCUAGCAAUAAUGACGACGAGGACCUGACCCCCGAGCAGAAGGCGGAGCGCGAGAAGGAGCGGAGGAUGGCGAACAACGCCCGCGAGCGCCUGCGCGUCCGCGACAUCAACGAGGCUUUCAAGGAGCUCGGCCGCAUGGUGCAGCUCCACCUCAAGAGCGACAAGCCCCAGACCAAGCUCCUGAUCCUGCACCAAGCCGUGGCCGUCAUCCUCAGCUUGGAGCAGCAAGUCCGAGAAAGGAAUCUGAACCCGAAAGCCGCGUGUCUGAAAAGAAGGGAGGAGGAGAAGGUGUCCUCGGAGCCUCCCCCGCUCUCCUUGGCGGGCCCGCACCCUGGAAUGGGAGAUGCGUCGAACCACAUGGGACAGAUGUAAAAGGGUCCAAGCUGCCACAUUGCUUCAUUAAUGCAAGAGACCACUUCCUUAACAGCUGUAUUAUCUUAAACCCACAUAAACACUUCUCCUUAACCCCUUUUUUUGUAAUAUAAGACAAGUCUGAGUAGUUAUGAAUCGCAGACGCAAGAGGUUUCAGCAUUCCCAAUUAUCAAAAAACCGAAAAACACACAAAAAAAAAAAAGAAAGAAAAAAGUGCAACUUGAGGGGCGACCCUCUAACA